GGGGGAGGAAGGAGCCACGCCUUUCCGCCCCUUCCGGUCAGUGACUCUCCCCCAAACCUAGGCUCUCCACAUGGCCUUCCCGGCGGAGCCAGCUGUGUCCUUCAGUUGAGGAUUACUCAUCACAAGGGGCCCCAUUUCAAAAGGACAGGACUCAUCGAGCUGCCAGAGAACCAGUAGACCAGAGUGGAUUUCCUAUAAAGUGCGCAGGUGUACAUUUGAGUUGUUUUAUGUGCCUUUUAAUAAAAACACUUGACUCAGAUGAGGAUCACAGCCCUUGAGAAGACACAGUUGUGGAAAGUCACUGUUGGCCCUCAACCAUGUUCAGUUUCCAUAUAAGAAGUUGGGAGAAAAAAUUCCUCUCGGAUGUGGGUCCCUUGUUAUCAGCUCAUGUACCUGCCAAGUCAUCCCCUAGCUAUGUCUGUGAGGAACUCGGAGCUUGUGCUAGACCAGCCCUCAGGCAGCCAUACAUUCCCCACAGAAGUGAACAGAGGAGAAUGCACAGUAACUGUCGGCAGAGGGGGAGGAACCAGAAUUCCUCCAGAGAAAUUCCUCCUCAGACAGACUUUCCGACAGGGUAUCCCAUGGAGAACGAGCCUGGAAUUGUGUCGCCGUUUAAACGAGUAUUCCUAAAAGGUGAAAAGAGUAGAGAUAAGAAAGCCCAUGAGAAGGUGACAGAGAGGCGCCCUCUGCACACUGUGGUGCUGUCCCUGCCCGAGCGCGUCGAGCCCGACAGACUGCUGAGCGACUAUAUCGAGAAGGAGGUGAAGUAUUUAGGUCAGUUAACGUCCAUACCAGGAUACCUGAAUCCUUCCAGUAGGACCGAAAUCCUGCAUUUCAUAGACAAUGCAAAGAGAGCCCACCAGCUCCCCGGACACCUGACCCAGGAGCAUGACGCUGUGAUCAGUCUGUCUGCCUACAACGUCAAGCUGGCCUGGAGGGACGGGGAGGACACCAUCCUCAGGGUCCCCAUCCAUGACAUUGCCGCCGUGUCCUACGUGCGAGAUGAUGCCUCACACCUGGUGGUCCUGAAGACAGCCCAGGACCCCGGCAUCUCCCCCAGCCAGAGUUUGUGUGCAGAAAGUUCCCGAGGCCUUACCACAGGCUCCCUGUCAGAGAGUGGAGUGGGGCCUGUGGAGGCAUGCUGCCUGGUGAUCCUGGCCGCGGAGAGCAAGGUCGCCGCGGAAGAGCUGUGCUCCCUGCUUGGCCAGGUCUUCCAGAUCGUGUACACAGAGUCCACCAUUGACUUCCUGGACAGAGCCAUAUUUGAUGGGGCCUCGACACCCACCCACCACCUGUCCCUUCACAGUGAUGACUCUUCCACGAAGGUGGACAUGAAGGAGCCAUAUGAGACGGAAGCCAGCACUUUCUCCUUCCCCGAGUGUGCACAUGCAGGCGGCGUCUCGCCCUUGUCCUUCUGCAUGCAGACGGCACCCCAUGCCAAGACGGUCAGCGAGAGUGAGCUGAGCGCCACGGCUGCGGAGCUGCUGCAGGACUACAUGCUCACGCUGCGCACCAAGCUGUCGUCGCAGGAGAUCCAGCAGUUUGCAGCACUGCUGCACGAGUACCGUGACGGCGCCUCAGUGCAUGAGUUCUGCAUCAACCUGCGGCAGCUCUAUGGGGACAGCCGCAAGUUCCUGCUGCUUGGUCUGCGGCCCUUCAUCCCUGAGAAAGACAGCCAGCACUUCGAGAACUUCUUGGAGACCAUUGGGGUGAAGGAUGGCCGUGGGAUCAUCACGGACAGCUUCGGCAGGUACCGCCGGGCCACGAGCUCCACCUCCACCUCCACCUCCAACGGGAACAGGGCCGCGGGCAGCUCUGACGACCAGUCCGCGCCCUCGGAGGGGGACGAGUGGGACCGCAUGAUCUCGGACAUCAGCAAUGACAUCGAGGCGCUGGGCUGCAGCAUGGAUCAGGACUCGGCCUGAUGGCGCCGGGGCCCCUGCCAGUCGCCCUCCUGGGCCCUGGACAUAGGUGGCUCUACUGUGAAGGAGGCACCCCCGUGCCGGGGCAGAAGUCAAGCUGCACCCACCUGCAUGCCACCCUGCCUCGGGAGGGGGUCCUGUCAGCCAGACCCUGGACAGCUGUCAUUUUGCACACGACGUUUCUAUUGAAACUCUCAGAGACCUUAAAAGGAGUUUACUGCAAUGUGAA